GGUCCCUCUACUACCUAGUAACCUUACUCAGUCAUCAAUUCUUUCUCACAAACAACGCGACGGCACUGCUCGGCGCAUUCUCUCAUAAGGUAUGGCUAUAAAUACCUGGUCGGACGUAAUCUCUACUACCUACGGUUCCCUAUUCAUCGCUUCUACGCUGCCUUUCGUUGGGGUCCCAUUACCGGCUCAGCGCCAGAAGUCGAAGUUAUCCAAUGGGCGUCUAACUCCAAGGCAGGUUGGCUAUGUGAGUGCCUUACUACGAUUCGCGAUCGGUUCAUGCUGUAUCUAUAAGCCUACCCGGGUUGUCGCCCUGUUGGUAGAGGGCGCCACUGUGUGUUGGGUCACUAUUAUUGCCUUCCGACACAAGAGACCGAUGAGGUCGCAGUGGACAAUGUUGGCCGCUGUUGGCCUGUGUUUGACCCUAGAACAGCUGAAGCUAUGAAAUCACGCUCAUUCCGCUCCUCGAUCGGUAACAUUUUUGCGGGGUUUAAUGGCUGCCAGUAGCUGAAGGUUUAGGGCGUUUUCGGGCGACGUUUCUAGGUACUAAAAUAAUCCAUUAGCAUGCC